GACGUCGGCUCCCUCAACCCAAAAGCGCGCGGCAGAUCGAAACACCUGAGCCAUAUUUUAAUUAAUUUCUAAGGUACAUACCAACACGAUGCUGCUGAAAAAAUCUCGUUUGCGCUGCUAAUGUGCAGAAUAUUUAAAUUUAUUCAUAUUUCAAACUUAGUGCAGACGCAUCAUCCGACACAGUUCUUGUAGAUGGGAGCGGGGAAGUGCAACUGGCCCAUACGGCGGGGCUGAAUGUGGUGCGUCCAGCUCGUGUCAACUUUGUGGAAAUAUGUAAGGGUGGCAUGACAUUGCAACAUGGAGCAGUCGACGACCCUUGACAUAGAGACGCUGAAGAUCACGCAGGAGCAGUACAUACUCGCGUCCCAGUCCCUGCACCUGCAGCGGCCCGGCUGCGAUGCCGUCUACCCCGUGGGGCUGUACGGCUGGAGGAAGCGAUGCCUCUAUUUCUUCCUGCUGCUGCUCCUGGUCAUCAUGAUAGUUAACCUGGCCCUAACUGUGUGGAUAAUAAAGGUCAUGAAUUUCUCAGUGGAUGGGAUGGGAAACCUCCAUCUGAACCCAGAUGGUAUUCGCCUGGAGGGAGUCUCCGAGUUUCCCAUGCCUCUCUAUGUGAACGAGAUCCAGUCCAGGAGGGACAGCUCGCUGGUUUUGCGGUCAGAAAAGAAUGUAACGCUGAAUGCUCGAAACGGCCGUGGCCAGCUCACUGGCCAGCUCACAGUGGGGUCCGAGGCCGUGGAGGCUCAGUGUCAGAGGCUGGAGGUGCGCAGCAGGAGCGGAGGCAGGCUCCUGUUCACCGCCGACGAGGAGGGAGUCAACAUGAGCACAGAGAAGCUCACUGUCACAGGCUCUGAAGGCGCUGUCUUUGGCCAUUCGGUGGAAACCCCGCUCAUCCAGACAAGGGCCUCUGAAGACCUGAGGCUGGAAUCUCCGACUCGAACGCUGUCCAUGGAGGCUCCCAGGGGGGUGGAGGUGAGCGCCGCCAAGGGCACGCUGAAGGUCAGCGGGCGAAAGGAUCUGCAGCUGCAGUCCACAGAGGGAGAGAUACUAUUAGACGCCAGCAUCAUUCAGCUGGGAAGCCUUCCACUCGGCGUCUACACGGCGUCGCCCUCCCAGGCCUCCCAGAAGCAGCCCGUGUAUGAGGUGUGCGUCUGCCCCAGUGGCAAGAUCUACCUGUCUCCCGCCGAGAGCAGCUCCACCUGCCAGGCCAUGAGCAACAUCUGCCUGUGGAGCUGACCUGGGAGCAGCAGCGGGGACCCGGGACGCACUCUGCUCCAGAACCUGGUGAUGUUCAGGUGGAGACGGGACUCCUCAUCUGAGAAAUGUAACGUCUGUGGUGGAGCGGGACUGAACCGACCCUCUGCAGCAUCUGAGCUGGUCGGAUUAGAGAGGAGACGCCUGAGUUUUAGGCCUGCAGGGGACUAACAGGGGUUUAUAUUCUACCAUGGACAGUCUAUCUGGGGGACGGGAAGGGGCGGACGGGGCAGCAGAGCAGCUCAAAUCAGCCAUCAGGAAUAUCAAACAUAAACAGCAACAUCUCCACUACGGUAUAUUCAAAGCCAGAGGACGUACCCUUUAAUUUUCUACUCUUGGUUCAUUAUUGUAGAUACGCCGUGACAGUCUGCGGGACGGAGAAGGACUAGAUGGGGGAAGAUAAAAACACAGGUGCCUUCUGCUUUGAAGAGAGGAAUGUUUUGUGACUAAUAAUAAAGCUGUCACUCUCUUUUUAAUCAGGGAAGGGCAGCCCGAGGUUUUCAAAGUUGUGACAGUAGACACUGAUGUAAGCACAAAUCUGCCAUGAUUUUUUUCAAAAUCCAGAAUUUUGGAUAUUUGUUUUGGACCUCAGUAGAAACUUUACCCCUUUUUUCCACUAUGUUAGGAGCUGUGUAAAUUGAAAUUAAACAUUUUUCUAUGUGGCAUAUAUUGUACCUGAGGCUUAGCUUUGAUAAAGA